ACUUGUGGUGUAAAGUUACCUGGAUUGUUUUCAGCUUUAACUGACACUUCUGGCUUAAUUUCUAUUAUGAGUCCAAAUAAAUUAUUUCAAAAGUCUUCUGUGUCAUUGAAUUUCUUAACAUCAACUAAUAAUGAGGAAUCAAACUCAAAAGAGCAGUGUUCCAGACCAUUUCAAAUUGAAUGUUUAGAGCCAUGGUUUAAGCCUCCUACUAAUUUGAUUCGUGCAAUACUACCACCUACACAAGAACCUCAAAAUAGAUCAUUUUUGAAAUCCUUCUACAAGAAAGUUUCCUCACAGUUUUCUAAACAACAGAAACUUGCAACAGAAAAGGAAAAUAUAGCUCCUGAAAAUGGAGACAAGGAAGAUAAUCCCUCUCAACCCUCUGAAGAAUUUGAAGUUUCAAACCUCAGAUAUGAUGAGCUUAUAAGUCUGCUGAAGGGAGAAUAUGACUUAGCGCUGAAUACUAGUCAUUCUGUAUUGCAAUCUGCAAAAAAGAUAGUUAAAACUGCAUUUUCUUUCUUUAAAUUAAAGUCAUCUGAUACUCAUUCUGCAGAGGAUGCUUUGAAAAAUUUUUUAAAGGAAUUCUUCACUAUGAGCCAUGAUAAAAUUGCUAAAAAAUAUGAGAAAAGUGAGGAAGAUGAUAAAAAAAGACAAGAGUCUAAGUUGCAAAUUUUACUCGCACUUGAAACUGAAAUUCUUGCUCCUCACUCGGAGAGGUUAGAGCUAAUCAAAAAUAUAACUUCUUAUUUUUACCGGAUGUCUUUCUUUAUGUCUGCUUCUGAACAGAUCCAGUUCUUCCAAGAUGUUCUAAGGGAAAA